AUGUCGAAUCCUGCGUCCAUUAACGGUGGUUCAGCGGUGGCCAUGGUAGGAAAGGACUGUGUAGCCAUUGCCUGUGAUUUAAGGCUGGGUAACCAAUCAUUGGGGGUAGCUAAUAAUUUUGAAAAAGUAUUUCAAUUCGGACAUGUGUUUCUAGGGUUGACAGGGUUGGCCACGGAUGUUAUCACUUUAAAUGAGACUUUUAGAUUCAAGACAAACCUUUAUAAAAUGCGAGAGGAAAGGGACAUCGAGCCAGAGACUUUUGCUAACCUAGUGUCAACCAGUUUGUAUGAGAAGCGAUUUGGGCCUUACUUCGUCGGACCAAUUGUUGCAGGUAUCAACUCAAAGACAAACCAACCAUUUAUAUGUUCAUUUGAUUCAAUCGGAUGUAUUGACUAUUCCAAGGACUUUGCAGUGGUGGGCACGGCAUCGGAUCAGUUGUAUGGUAUGUGCGAGGGGCUUUACGAACCAAAUUUGUCGCCAGAUGACCUUUUUGAAACCAUCAGCCAGGCGCUGUUAAAUGCCAACGAUAGAGAUGCUUUAUCAGGAUGGGGUGCUGCCGUCUACAUAAUUACAAAAGAUAAGAUCAGCAAAAGAUAUCUUAAAUCUCGUCAAGAUUAG